ACUGUCUCCCACGCCGCAUCCAUGGCCAUGACACUGCCCCAUCAUCUGUCGCCGCGACUCGGUAACAUCAUUGCUUGAUUGGAAGGCGACUUUUUGAGGCCCUCUCUCUCUCCGUUGCUGUCCUUUUACUAUCGUCCCGUUUUACUACGCUGUUCCUUUGUCCCCCCCCUCUUCGCAUGGCAACAACUCCCAACAGCUUCCAAGAGCACUCUCCCAUUGCCGUGGCCACAUUGCUGUCCAUCGCUCCCACACUUCCAUCUUUUGGUGCUGUCCCCCCUCUACCUACACACAUCUCCGAGUCAGCCGUGCUUUUGUUUUCUCUGAUUUCUGAUUGCCGAUGCCAUUACGGUCUUCUUUUUUUUUUUUUACCUUUCCUUCACUUUCUUUCGCUUUCUUUUCGUCGUCCUUGUGUCGAAGCUCUAACAGUUAGAUUGAUACAUCCCCUGUCCACCACCACUACCGCCACUUCCUCCUACACGACCUCCUUUCCUCCUUUUGGAUCGAAAUAUAUGAUAUUUAUUAGUGGAUCAACUUGGUCGUGGUCGCCGGAUGCACAUUCGCUGGCGAUAUGCCCUUCAGUUCUCAUGCACCCGCUUUGCAUGGGUCCACGAACUCCGGGGUCUCGGUCAGUCUGGUUCGGCUGCAUUUCAAGUCGCUGUUUCGUGGUCGCCAGACGACUUUCCUUUGAUUCAUCAGUGCCGCCAUCGGUGUCGCCUUCGCUGCUGCUGCCCGAUUUCGACAGUUUGUGGAUGUGACCGGCUUGAGAACUGCGUGUGACGCCAAAGCCGACACUGUUCUAUCCAUACUUGCACCAUCGGAUGUCGUGCGUUGUAGACGCCAAUCUGCUUUCUCAGGGAAAGGGCAUGUGGCCUU